GGGUAGGCCCCGUAGUAUUUUGUUGUCGGCUUUUUUUGGUUUGGGAAGUCUUCUCCAGAGCAUCCGAGGCCUGCAAGGGAUCACGGACUCGUGGCCGUGCUCUAAAGGCCUCCUGAGUCCCCGUCGCCGGUGGCCGUUUUGUCUCUUUCUUCUUAUGGUUCGCGGCCUCUAAUCCUUUCGUCAUUAAUUCCUCUCUUUCUUUCCCCGAUACUUUGAUGGAAACCCUUCUACGGCUCAAACCCUACUUCCCUCUUCCCUUCGGCCACCUCCAUCCGCACCCUUCUUCAAGAAUCCGCCCCUCUUUCGCUGUGAUCGUUGCAAGUUGUCCGAGGAACCAAUCCAGCAAGAAGCUCAGAUUUCAAAGCACCAACAUCACAAUUCCUAUUAAGAAACAGGGUACUAUUCACAGAAAUGUCAUUGUGAGAUCGGAGGUCGCCGCUGCCGGCUCAACCGAUGAUUCGGCGUGCUCGAUGACAGAAUUCCAAUUGGGUUCGAGAAUCAGAGCAAUUUGCUUUUACUCUGUGACGGCCGCGGUUGCAAUCUUUCUUUUUGUGGGAAUGGUGCUAGUACACCCAUUCGUGCUUCUGUUUGAUCGGCAUCGUCGGAGAGCUCACCACUUGAUUGCUAAGCUAUGGGCGACCUUGACCAUUGCUCCAUUUUAUAAGUUUGAGUUUGAGGGGAUGGAAAACUUGCCUCCUCAGAACAUGCCAGUUGUGUAUGUCUCCAACCACCAGAGCUUCUUGGACAUUUACACUCUUUUCACACUUGGGAGGUGCUUCAAGUUCAUAAGCAAGAGAAGCAUUUUUCUAUUCCCAAUCAUUGGGUGGGCAAUGCUCCUUAUGGGUGUCGUUCCUUUGCGCCGGAUGGACAGCAGGAGUCAGUUGGAUUGCCUCAAACGUUGCAUGGAUUUGGUGAGGAAAGGUGCAUCUGUAUUUUUGUUUCCAGAGGGAACUCGGAGUAAGGAUGGAAAACUAGGUGCAUUCAAGAAAGGUGCAUUUAGUGUUGCUGCAAAGACUGGUGUGCAAGUUGUGCCAAUUACUCUUUUGGGAACCGGCAAGCUUAUGCCUGCAGGAAUGGAGGGUAUUCUGAAUCCUGGUUCAGUGAAAGUUAUUGUUCAUCGGCCUAUAGAAGGAAAUGAUGCAGGCAUGUUAUGCUGUGAAUCUAGGAAUGUCAUAGCUACUACACUUCUGGUUCAUGGCUAUGGAGUGCAUGGUAAUGCAUAGUUGACUUUUGUUCAGUUUAAGACUCCCACACUUCGGUCUUCAUUUUUUGGGGGAAGACUUAUCAGGAAGGGAAACCAACGGCAAAAUUUAAGCAACAGGGAGGAACAUGAUAGACCUGGAAAUUGGUGACUGGGAUAUAUGGGCAGGAAAGAGGACAACAGUUUCUGUGAAAUUGACUGAACAAUGCAAACUUUUUAUGUAUUUCAUGAGCUUCUGAUUGAUGUCCUCCUAAUUAUUCCGGCUUGAGACUUCCGCUGGGCAUGUACAGAUUUUAAAGCCUUGUUGCUCGAUUAUAGAAUAAUCAGUCCUGUAUCCUAGGCCUUCCCAUUUUUUCCUUGCAAAUUUUCAUACUAAAAUCUCCUCACUGGCAUGUAAGCAGUCUCUGUUGAAAUAAAUUGCUUUGCAGAAUUCUACUUUGGCUAUCAA